CCGAUGGCGCGCGUCCGAGACGGCGGGUGGAGUUGGUGGGAAGUUCAAAGGGCGGUGGCAGUCGUCGGAAAUUUUCGGUGCCGGAGUGAUGGGGAAGGAGGUCAAUUUCUGUCAGGAAUGGUAUUUUGAUGCUCCUUCCCUAUUCCUCCCAUACCGAUGGUUUUCGAUCUGCCCUCCCCUUUGCUUCCUUCUAUCUUUUCUUCAUCGUUUUUGUUGAUGAAUCGAUCAACUUCUGAGUUUCUCUCCUCCUAAAUGUCGGUUUUUUUGGUGUUAUUGAUUUCGAGUGGACCAGUAACUAUCUGUGAAUCACUGUGUUUGAAGAUGAAUCAGCCUUGAAUGUUCUCCAUUAUUGCAGAUCUGUCUUUCGCAUUCACUGUAUCGCAUCUUCCUAGGCUAUGAAUUAUGAUGUAUACCUUUUUUGGCUAUGUUGGUGUUGUCUUGUUUCUUCCCUGCGGCCUCUACGAAAACCAAUACUAGAUAGAGACGUAAGUGUGGCUUGUAGUAUCAUGUCAUGUAUCUAGAAGAGGACAAAGAUUAGAAAUAACACUUGUUCUUAUCACGACUCAACUUUACUAUGUAGAUUAGAAACCAAACUUCGGAUACCUAGGGUGUAAGAAUAGACAAAAACUCAGCACAUUAAAAUACAUAGGAAAUGCUUGCACCAAUUGUCUUGUAGCAAUAUUUUCCAUAUGGUCUUUUGUGAGAAUGGUGAAUUGGAAUUUUGGUAUUGCAUUAGCUUUAGUCGAUGAAUUGAAUCGAGACCUAAGGCAUUGGUGAUUCUAACUCCUAACUCAGUAAUUUGUUUCAUGAAUCUCAUAUUGGGAUAACAAGGAACUCUUGCAUUGCGUUGACCCUCGAAGGAUUAAAAUAUCAGUUCCUUGUUUAACUUGCUAUUAGUAGCCGGCAGGUGGGCGGUGAGUUUCAUGGAAACACUUCCUGUGUUUGACAACUGCUAUGGAUAUUUUGUUCUCUAACCUUUGUUUCUUGUGCUUUGUCUUGACAGUUGGAAACGCAAGUCCUCACGUCAGCGUACGAAUUGCACGAUAAAAUUUAACUGUAGGUUGACAAUAUGUUUCGAUAUAUAUCACAUACAGUGUGUGUCAAGAGUCAAGACAACAAGGAAUCCACAAAUGUCUACUUCAUAGAAUCAUUUAUAAAACACAACAUUUGUUGCAUGCUGUUGGACCUGUGUAAUGCUUACAAAUAUAUUCUCCUGUUAUCUGUACCUACUCCCUUUACAAUUUCAACAACAAACACCCUUCAUAAAUUAUGAUCAUUCUAUAUUCUUACGUUUCUGCCAUUCUUGGUUAGAAAACAUGACAUCUUCUUCUGUUUCGCAGAAGCUGGAUGUGACAUUGUCUUUAAGUUUAUCGCAGCCUCGAACAGCCCAUGAUGCCCUAAAGCCCCAAGAAAGGAGUGUUAAACUUAUCCAGCUAUUGUUAAAUUGUGCCAGGCACGCCUCGUCGGGAAACCUCCAACACGCUGACGACUGCCUACUCCAGAUUUCCCAGUUGGCCUCCAUCACCGGAGACUCCAUGCAGCGCCUGGCUGCCAGGUUUGCCUCGGCUCUUGCUGUCCGGCUGGUUAAGCGCUGGCCGGGCCUUUACAAGGCUUUGAAUAGUAGCGCCACAAUUAGUUGCAAUCUUGAUCAUGCCCGAUCCAUUUUUGUUAGAAAAUUUCCCUGUUUAAAAUUUGCCUAUGCAGUCAUAAGCCGGACCCUGAUUCAGGCCAUGUCGGGGGAACACGCGAUCCAUAUCAUUGACUUCGGCUCUGGUGACCCGAAUCUUUGGGUUCCUUUUAUUAAGGGACUAGGAGAUAGAAAGCCUGAGCCGCCCCAUUUGACAAUCACUUGUGUUGGUAGAAGCAAUCAAGAGAUAUCUCGAGCUAAGCUCGCGAAAGAAGCCGAGACUCUCAACAUUCCAUUCCAAUUCAAAUGUGUAAAUGUUAGCCUUCAGGAGCUGAGCUUGGACAUGCUUGAAGUGCAAGAAGGUGAAGCUGUAGCACUGACGUCGAUACUGAGCCUGCAUGCCCUUCUCGCCGACGAGAAUUGCAUCGACGCACAAUUUGCGGUAAGCCAGCACGACGGCAAGGUGAAGGAAUGCAGGGAAAUGAACAGAUUCCUCAACAUGGUAAAGUCGAUGAAGCCAAAGGCAAUGCUGCUGGUCGAACAAGAGGCAAAUCAUAAUUCAAGGCGACUACUCGACCGGGUUGUAGAAGGGCUGCAUUAUUACAGCGCAAUAUUCGACUUCAUUGACACUGCUUGCGGAGGAUUUCUGUGCUCGGAUCGGACAGCCUUGGAAGGCAUGUUCGGGAAGGAAAUUGAGAACGUCGUUGCAGGGGAGGAGAGACACGAAAGGCACGGGCAGUGGGGCAUUAGGCUUGCUAGGGCAGGAUUAAGGCCAAUCCGGCUGUGGUACCAGACGAUGGAGGAGGCGAGGCGGGUCGUGGAGGGGUACAGGCCGGCGGGUUUUAAGGUUGUCGGUGACGAGAAAGGAAGCUUGAUGAUAUGCUGGCGGGACAGGCCUAUAUAUGCAGUGUCCGCUUGGGGCUGCUUUCAACCUUUGCGGAAUGCUGCUGAUGUAUAAUGUACCUAAACAUGAACAUUUGAAGGCAUAUAAGUUCGAGUCUAUUCUUCUUUCAGAUUUUUGUAAUUUGAAGUCUACCUUUGUUUUUUGUAAUGUACAUAUGAUAGAUCCGAUCCGUAUAUGAUACCUCUGUUUCAAAAACUUGAAAUCUAUAUGU